CAUCAACAACCCUUUCUUCUACAUGUUGGUUGGUUCAAUGGUGUUCAGCUCAUGCUUUGUCUUCUGGUGGGAUAUGGUGAUGGAUUGGGGUCUCUUUGACAAGAGUGCUGGAGAGUACAAAUUCCUCCGUGAGGAACUGGUUUAUUCAUCACCAUAUUAUUAUUACUUUGGCAUUGUAGAGGACUUCAUUUUGAGGUUCAGCUGGACAUUUUCACUGACCUUAACAGAGCUGAAAGUUACCAACAGUGAAAUCAUUGUCUCUGUUCUGGCACCUCUUGAAGUGUUCAGGAGAUUUAUCUGGAACUUUUUCCGUCUGGAGAACGAGCACAUCAACAACUGUGGUAAAUUCCGAGCCGUUCGAGACAUUUCUGUUAUACCCAUGGAUGCAUCAGAUCAAGCACAAAUUGUUAAAAUGAUGGACGAAGUAGAGGGAGUUGUCAACCGAAAGAAAAAGAAGGCUGGCAGUAAACCACGUAAGGCUAAUGAUACUCGGCCUUUGCUUAGUGAAGGAAGUGGUGGUGCUGGUGAGAGUGUUGACGAAGAGGCAAAUUACCUUACCGUCACCUCUGUAGAGCUUCGCAACUGGUUCCGGGGCAUAACAGGACUUCGCAACACACAUACCACUAACUCUUAAAAAUGCAGAAAUUUAUUCUGGUGAAGGGAAUAAAUUGAUAACAGCAUGAAUGUUAUAUCUGUACUGGGAUGUAGUAUUUUAGGCUCUGUUGGAAUUAUGGUGACACUAACUCCUUUAUUGGGACAAGUGUGUAUUGAAUUGUUAUAGUAAUAUACCAGCCUCAUGAGUGCACAUUUCUGGUCACAUUAUCACAAUUUUUAAAAUCUCACUUACCCUCUCUUUCUUUUGCAUUUUAUAACUUCUUGAGUUAUGCUAAACCUACAUGAACAAUUAUAUCCUUGAAGGCAUUGAGUCUGCACAAUAGGAGAAGGUUCAUCUUCAUGAAUUACUGUGUAUGAAAGCUUAUUACUCUCUUGUCCUCAGUACUGUGAACACUUAGUCAUUGCAUGCUUUUCUUUCAGUGGUGUAAUUUUGUAGACUAGAUUUUUUGUCUUAUAUGUAUACUGUCAUGAUGGGCAACUGAUUAUAUGUAUUUUUAUAAGAAAGUUGAAUUCAUAAACAUAAAAAUUCUGAAAAGCAGUGUAAUCAAAUGCAGCAGAAUUUUAGGCAUUUUACAUUUGAGGGCAAGGUGCAAUGUGAUUGUUUAUCCUUAACUGUUUUAUGUGGAUAUAUGUAAAGCAGUUUGGUUAAAGAAGUGCAAUUAGUGUUUCGUGUAGAAAGAAAAACUUUCAUUUUGUAUUUUUGAGUAAAUUAAACAAAACAAAUGGGGAUAUUGGGAAUAUGUAUUUAUAUAAUGUAUAUAAUAAAUUAAUAUUUUAUCUAGUGCUAGAGAUUACAUUAAUUUGAUUUUGUAGGCUAAGAAUAAAUUUUAUAAUUUUUUUCAAUAUAUAUAUUUUUCCAAUAACAAAAUUGCUUUUCCAUUGCAAAUUACUAAUGAACUUUAAAUUCAGAUUUUAAUUAGAUAUGACCCAGACAUUACCAUGAUGUCCCUUUGAAUGUGUGAUAACAGUACUUUUUUCAUUACUUGUGUUUGAGAAGUUACACUGAAAAGUAUGUAAUUUUAUUGAUUACUAAUAUUUUAUUUCAGAGUUUAAACAGUUCAUAUUUUCUGAUAUUCUGUAGUAAGAAAGUGCACAAAGUGUAAAUGCUGAAAUUAUUAUUAAGUCUUGACAUGUUCGAAUCAGAAGUUAGUGAAUUGCAAGUUUGUGGACUUAUUUAAGUUAUGAAUUCUAUUCACAUCUGAAUUGACCUAUAUUCAUUUCAAACCAUUGGUACUGUUCGUAAGCAGUACAAGAAAUGUUAGUACAUCAGAAAUUUCCUUUUACCUUUGGAGUUUAUGAAAUAUAUACCAAAGAAACUAAAGUACAUCUUCCAGUUAUAGAGUCUGUGCAUUGUAGCCAUGUUAUUUGGAAGUAUUCGAUGCUUGUGAGCUUGCAAGUCACUUUAUGUGACUGUCUUUACUUCUUCACUUUGCAUUCCAUUGGUAUAUCAACACUUGAUGUCCAAACUCCUUCCUGAAUUUUCUUGUAACUAUGUCUAUCAGAAAGCAGGACAUAUAUCUGCCACAUGAAUAUACUCUUAAGUGUUCAAUUGGGAAAAUUAAGGGUACUGACUAUCAUCUGACAUCUAGGCUGACAUGUAGGAUAGCUAGAGAACAUACAGUCUCAGAAAAGGAAAGAACCUACAACUCACCUUAGUCUAACAGUCCAUCAAUUCUUUUUUAUUUUAAUCAGCUGAAUACUCAGUACUUAUGCAGACAUAUAUAUUAUUUAUUUUUAAAGCUCUUAUACAGUAUUCUCAAUGUUUUACACAGUUUGCUACUUUUUUCUCAAAAAGAGACUUGGCGGAUUGGAAUACACUGGAGUUGGACGGAGUAUAGUUCUAGUAGAGACUGAAAACAUGUUGACCUAGUGAUUGACAGUAGAACAAAAUAUAGUUACAAAGAUUUGACAUGAAAUGCACUGGUAUGUAUCUGUUGUUUGUACUGUCAUUUGAAGUUGAUGUUUAUUACUGUUGUUUAAGAUAUGACAGAAAUGAUAUUACAAAAAAGAAAAGGACAAAGUUGAAGACAUUUUUCAUUUUGUAUAAAGUACUGGAAAAUAA